AUGGAUACAUUUAUGGAAAACCUCCGGCCAAGGUUCACGAAAGGAGCCGCUGGGAGUCAGAUAUCAGGAAGAGAGAACUGGCAAGAUUUGUUUGGUAUUCUCUUUCCAGCCACUGCUGGAAUCUUCGCCGGUGCAAGCAUGUCCGGCGACCUUAAGAAUCCCAGUAAAUCGAUACCAAGAGGUACUUUGCAUGGUUUGAUGUUGACAUUUGUGGCCUAUACAUUGGUGAUUCUCUCUAUGGGGGCCACUAUUAGACGCGAGAGCCUAUAUAAAAACCUCAACAUAAUCCAGGAUGUUAACAUGUCGAAACAUCUCAUUCUUGGUGGGGAACUUGCAUCUUCAUUCUUCUCAGCUCUGAUGGGAGUAAUCGGUUCCGCAAAGUCAUUACAAGCGUUAGCCCGUGAUGGGAUACUUCCUGGUGUAUCUUUAUUUGGCCAGGGAACCAAGUCAAACGAUGAGCCAACAUAUGCGAUUAUACUGACCUUUCUUCUCUCUCAAUUAACUCUGCUAUGCGAUAUUAACCAGAUCGCCAAUUUUGUGACUAUGACGUAUCUUAUGACAUUUCUAGUCACAAAUUUGGCCUGCUUCCUGCUAAAAGUCGGAAGUGCACCGAAUUUCAGGCCGAGUUUCAAAUAUUUCACCUGGUGGACAGCUGCGGUCGGAGCAGUUGUCAGUGGUGCAACUAUGAUAUUUGUUGACAAACUUUACGCUGGAGGCUGUCUUGGCGUCUUGGUCACCCUAUUCUUAGUUAUUCACUACACUACGCCACCUAAGAGUUGGGGAGACGUUUCUCAGACUAUGAAAAAGGGAUCUUUAUACAUCCUUGGACACAUCGUUGUCACUCCGGAUUUUCAAGACUCAUUUCCAGAGGUUAAACGGCAACAAGCCGCCUGGAUGAAGUAUAUCGAUUUCAGCAAAGUCAAAGCGUUCCCCCAAAUAUCCAUUGCCCCUACUAUAGAAUGGGGUGCAAGGAAUAUUGUGCUCUCGGCUGGCUUAGGAGGCAUGCGCCCAAAUAUUGCAGUCUUAGGGUUUUAUAAUCUAGAUGAAUACCGCAACUCAAAACCUCUGGUAGAUAUUCCGUGUACGUCAAAGUCAAGGAAUACAAACCCAACACAUCAACCUACACCUCACAACACCCAGUCUGGUAGGGUUACAACUCAUAUAUUAGACCAGCUCCCAACGGAUACCAUGCGGAAUGAAACCGCCGUCAGUGUUACCAGUUACGUCAAUAUCUUGGAGGAUUUGCUUCUCUCUCUACAGAUAAAUGUGGCCGUUGCGAAGGGAUUUGAGAACUUGGAACUCCCUACAAAGGGUAAAGACCAUGACAAAAAGUAUAUUGAUCUCUGGCCAAUUCAAAUGUCUGCUGAAAUCGAAAAUGGCACUCCUGGCGCCGGUAAUAUCCUAACAACAAACUUCGAUACUUAUACUCUUAUACUCCAACUGGGUUGCAUUUUAAAUACUGUUCCAGCGUGGAAAAAGACCUACAAAGUUCGAGUAGCAGUAUUUGUUGAGUAUGAAAGUGACGUUCAUGAGGAAAGGGCUCGAGUUAAGAAGCUACUGGAAAAUCUGCGCAUUCAUGCCGAGGUCCUGGUUAUGUGGCUUGCAGACGGCAAGCUGAGCUCCUACGAGGCAAUUGUGAAAGGAUGUGAAAAUGAAGACGAUAAUGUGGAGAUCGUACUUGGGAACGAACAAUGGUGGAAAGAGUUGCAAAAGCGCAGGGGCCGAGCGUCAUCUCGUGAUGCUCCUGACCAUCUCGCCGAUGUAGCGCAACUUGUAAGUGGAGACCAAUGGCCAAGCAGCAGCUUUCAACAACAGAGACGAUAUGACAGCCGCACAAUGUUCGGGGGGAUAAAUAAGCUCAUCAAAAAAUCCCGCAAGCGGCAUUCUAUCUUUGGCCUGACUAGACUAGGAAUGCCUCUGUCUCUGAAUAUGAGGACUCACCGCCUCAAUCCAGAUGCUCUCGAAAAUGAAUCUACUUCUGAGCUUUCAAGUGACGGUGAAAGCGACACCCUUUCUAGCGAAGAUGAGAGCAUCAAAAGCGCUGCAAGUGAAAACGACGCCGAUGAGUACUCAACUGACGAGGAACAUCCUCCUAUCAUCAAAGUUCGACGUGCCAGCACUGGCGAUCCUUUGGGAUUUGGUACUACUUACAGGAAGCAAAGUCUGCGACAAGCAGCGCUCAGAGCCUCUGCACUUAAGUCCACAUCGACUAAGGAAGCGCAACCACGUAAAGAAGCGGGUUUAGCUAUUGGCUCGACAGGAGAAUCGUCUACAACGCCUAUUCCUUCGCUCACUAGGCCUGAGCUGCCACAUCGUAGUUCCACUCCAAUCUUUUCCUGUCAACCAGUUCCGGAUACUGAAGUGGCGGUGGAGGAGGGUGUUGGCCCUAGUAUUAUGUUUACGGAUACACGUGGUAAUAGGGUACAAGCACCCCCAACGUUUCUCAACCCUUUAUCCUUCAAUGAUUUGCCCUCGAGGGCACAACAUCUUAUUUUGAACGAACUUAUACGGAAACAUUCUCAUGAUACAGCUGUCGUCUUUACUACUUUGCCCUCGCCCCAAUCUGGCACAUGCAAAAGUGAGAAGGACUCGGUUGAUUAUCUUGCUGGACUAGAGGUUCUUACUGCCGAACUCCCCCCAACUCUCCUUGUCCAUUCAAAUUCUCUAACUGUCACUACGGCGUUGUGA